CAUCUUGCUCCAUCGCACAUCUGCGACCUAGAAGUGAGCCACCGAGAGCCCUGGUCAAUUUGCGUAUGGCCAGCCACAUCAGACGUGCCAUUUCAAAUGAAACGGUGGAACCAACCAUCAUCCGCCGGAAUGCAAAUUACUCACCACCCACUUUCGAUUAUGAUUUUGUGCAAUCACUGAUGAGCGAUUACUCGGAUGAUAAGUGCACCAGGCGCAUUGAGCAACUGACGGAAAAAGCAAGGUGUUUGCUUGGAGAAGCAAUCGAACCCUUUGCUCGACUUGAGUUGAUUGAUGUCCUCCAACGUCUAGGGUUGGCUUAUCUCUUUGAGUCAGAGAUCAGGGAAUCCCUUGAUGCCAUGUCCAAUGGCAAAAACGACGUAAAGAUAGAGAAAGAUCUAAAUGCUACCGCCAUUCGCUUUAGGCUAUUGAGACAAUACGGGUUCGAGGUUUCACAAGAUGUGUUCAAUAGCUUCAUGGACGACAAGCAUAGUUUCAAGGCAUGCCUUAGCGAGGACAUAAAGGGAAUACUGAGCUUGUAUGAAGCAUCACACCUUGGAUUUACAGGAGAAGCUGUUUUGGAUGAGGCCAAAGUCUUCACAACCAAACAUCUCAAGCAGAUCAAACAGACAAUGGACCCAUACCUUGCCAAACAAGUGCAACAUGCAUUGGAACUUCCCAUGCGUUACAUGAUGCCAAGGUUAUAUACGAGGUGGUACAUAGAGGAGGCAUACGAAAAAGAGAAGAACAUGAAGCCUUUCCUACUUGAACUAGCAACGUUGGACUACAACAGGUUGCAAGCCUUGUAUCAGUGCAACAUUAAAGAAAUGUCAAGGUGGUGGAGGGAAUUAGGCACCAUGGAGAAGCUGCCAUUUACAAGAGACCGUGUGGUGGAAUGUUUCUUGUUUGCUCUUGGAGUGGCCUUCCAUCCACAGUACCAAUACUCUAGGAAUGAGGUCACAAAAGUCAAUCAACUUAUAACAAUGAUUGAUGAUGUUUAUGACCUUUAUGGAACGUUGGAUGAAAUAAAGCUCUUCACUGAUGCAGUUGAAAGAUGGGAUACAGAUGCAAUUGAAGAUCUUCCAGAGUAUAUGAAAAUAUGUUAUAUGGUUCUUUUCAACACUAUAAAUUCGCUGGGUUAUGACACUUUAAGAGAUCAAGGUGUGAAUAUCAUACCAUGCCUGAGGAAACUGUGGGCAGAUAUAUGUAAUGCGUACUUAACCGAAGCGAAGUGGUACCACAGUGGCUAUAACCCGACGUUUGAGGAGUAUCUGAACAAUGCAUGGGUGUCAAUAUCAGGGCCCAUUGCAUUGGCCCAUGGGUAUUUUUCCAUGAGAUUGAAGGUGACGGACGAAGUACUAGAAUGCCUGGAGAACUAUCAUGAUCUCAUCCGUUGGUCUGCCAUGACCCUCCGGCUUUGCGACGAUUGGGGAACAUCGACGCAUGAAAUAGCAAGAGGUGAUGUUCUAAAGGUUGUGGAAAGUUACAUGCAUGAAUCCGGUGUUUCUGAAGCAGUAGCUCGCAAACAUGUUAGAGGUAUGAUUGAUGAAACAUGGAAGAAGCUGAAUAAAGAAUGCGUUGGUCAUUCUCCAUUCCCCCGACCUUUCAUUAAUGGUGCUAUAGGUCUUGCACAAGUUGCUGAAUGUGUGUACCAGUUUGGGGAUGGGUUUGGCUGUCCACAUGAUGGGGCCAAGGCUCGGGGUAGGGUCAUAGCUCUACUGGUUGACCCCAUACCACUCAAGGAGAUAUAAGCCCUGUUUGGUUCAUGUUAACCAUGGGUUAGUAUAUAUAACUUUGUAGCCUGUAUGUGAGCUUGAUAUGUUUCUCUUCUCUGAAGGUGUGGUUGGAAUAGAUGAUGGUAUCUAAGUUACCUAUUUUAAUUAAAAUUUACUAAAAGUCUCUUGAUAUA